AUGAGAAUAUAUUUUAUCACAUUAAUCUAUUUCUUUACAUUAUUAUUUUUAUUAACAAAAUGUAUUAAAAACAAGAACAGAAAUAAGAUAUCAAAUAUAAGCUGUACCUAUAAUUUGUCAAGGAUAAGAAAUAGGCCUGUACUUACAACAGGUACUAAAAGGAGAAAGCUGAGGAAUAAUUUUUUUUUUUUAAACAACUACAGAAAAAUGAUAUCAUUAUGUAAUAAAAUAGAUAUAAAGAAAAGGUUCUUACUUCCUAAGCUUCAGGGGAAAUAUAAUCUGUACUGUACAACAAAAAAUGUUGAAAGGACGAGAAUUAAAGACCUAUUUAAAAUGGACAUAAAAGAAGCACAACAUAAAAAUUUUAAAAUUUGUGGUUGGAUAAAAUCAGUGAGAACAGUAGGAAAAAGUUAUUUUGUUUUUGUAGAUAUUAAUGAUGGCUCCUAUUAUAAAAAUUUACAAGUUAUUAUUGAUGAUAAAAUUCCGGACUAUGAAUAUAUUUUAAAAACGUCCACAGAUGAUGCCAUAGAAUGUUUUGGAGAGUUAAAAGGAUCCAUAGGAAAAAAACAAAACGUAGAAUUGUGUGUAUACGAUAUUUCAAAGAAUCAUUAUAUAAAAUUAUUUAAACAAAUGAAUCAAGACACUGUAGAGGAAAAGGAAAAAAUAAAUGAUAGUGGAAACGAAAAAGAUAAUCACAAUUUUAAUAGUAAUGGUCAUGUCAAUAAUUACAAUGAUAGUAAUAAUAAUAAUAAUAAUAAUAAUAAUAAUUAUAAUAAUAAUAAUCAUGUCAAUAAUUACCAUGAUAGUAAUAAUAUUAAUGAUAAUAUUAUUUUUACAAAAAACUCAUCUGGCCAUAUAAAUGAAGAUAAUAAAACAAAGGGCGCCAAACACAAUAAAGAAGACUAUUAUGUGAUAUCCAAAAAAUAUCACACAAAACAAUAUUUAAGGAAUUAUCCACAUUUACGAGCAAGAACAAAAUUAUAUAGUAGCUUAUUUAGAUUAAAAUCAGAUAUAAUUUUUGAAACUUUUAAUUUUUUAAAAAAAAAAAAAAAUUAUACAUAUAUUAAUACACCCAUUUUAACAAGUAAUGAUUGUGAAGGAGCUGGGAAAUUAUUUUAUGCAACUACAUUAUUUGAUCAACAAAUUAAAAAUGAGCAGAGAGAAGAAGAUCAUAUGAAAAAAGGAAUAACAAAUGAAAUAGCAGGUAAUAUAAAAGAAAAAUGUUAUUAUCAAAAUGAACAUCUAGAAUAUAUAUCACGUCAUAAAAGUAUAUCGAAAAUGGAAGGUUUUGAUGAAAUGUUAUUAAAAAAUGUAUCAUCUAAUGAUUGUAUAUCACCUAACAAUACAGAAUCAUAUAAUACUCGUUUUGAAAACGAUUUUUUUAAAAAAGCAUGUUAUUUAAAUGUAUCUAGUCAAUUAUCUUUAGAAUGUUUAUGUUGUUCCAUAGGAGAUGUAUUCACUUUAAAUCCUUCCUUUAGAGCCGAGAAUUCAAAUACAUUUAGACAUUUAAGUGAAUUUCUUAUGUUAGAAGUAGAACUAGCUUUUUCAAACUUGAAAGAUAUAAUAGACAUUUCAGAAGAAUAUAUUAAAGAAAUGAUUACUUAUGCCUUAUACAAAUCAGAAGAUGUAAAUUACUUGAAUGAAUAUCAUGAUAAAGAUUUAAAAAAUAAACUAGAAAAUAUAUUAAAUAAAAAAUUUGUUCUUAUAACAUAUGAUGAAGCAAUAAAUAUACUGAAAAAAGAAAAUGUUUUUUAUGAUUUCCAAUGGGGUAAAGAUUUUUCAUUUGAAGAACAAAAAUACCUAGCCACAAACUAUUUUAAAGCCCCUGUUGUUAUAAUCAAUUACCCAACUCAUAUAAAACCAUUUUAUAUGAAAUUAAAUGAAGAUGAAAAAACUGUCUCUUGUAUGGAUAUUAUUUUCCCAGAUGUUGGAGAAGUUGUAGGAGGGUCGGAAAGAGAAAUUAAUUUGAAGAAUUUAAAAAAACAAAUGGAAAAUAAAAAGUUAAAUAUGAAAUUAUAUGAUCCUUAUAUACAACUUAGAAAACAUGGAAAUAUACCUCAUGCUGGUUUUGGCAUAGGUAUGGAUAGAUUGAUCAUGUUCCUUUCAUCCAUAAAUAAUAUAAGAGAUGUGGUAACCUUCCCAAGAUAUCCAGGUUCACUUUUUAUGUAA